UCCCAGCGUUCCGCGAAACUCUCCACAAGCGCCUUGCCUGCCUUCGGGAAACCUCUAGGAGGUGACGGCACCUAUUUGGUAGCGAUGGAAUAGCUACUGCGCACACACGCGUACUCCCUCACCGCAUCUGGAGAUUUCGGUUUGGGCUCGCAUAUUCGCGAUGGCAGCUGGCAGCACCCAGGGUGGAAAGAACUCCGCUUCAGGAGUCGACUCUCGCUCCGCAGUAGCAGCAGCAGCAGCAGGGGCUGGUGGCGACUGUGACGUGUCAAGAAAGUUCGAGUCAGUACCCAGUGCGGCUCGUCCCAGCCCGAUGGACAUUGACGUAGACGUUGACGUUGACGUAGACGGAGCGGCCAUGGCAACUUCCGGCGGAAGCGAGGCGUGCAACUCCUGUAGUACCUGUGAUUGUGUCGAGGGAUGCACAGGGGGCGACACUAUCGAGUUCGAAGUCACUUUCCGCGGGCAGCGCAUCCCCUUGCGCAUGCACCCGCGCUCCCCGCUUCUUGCGCUCUCCACGUGCCUGUGCGCGAAACUGGCUGUCGACCCCGCCACGCUGAAGCUCAUGGUCCGCGCGCGCGCACACUCGUCGCCUCACUCCCAGCCCACCGACGGCACAGCGACUGCUGGAACCGCGUCUGCGACUGCUGCGAAGUCGCAGGCGACGCCGUCGCUGCUGCGACUGAGCGACCCGUCCGUCCGUCGCCGCGUCCUUGGCGACGCGGGGAUCGCGCACGGCGCGCAGAUCACGCUGCUGGCUUCCACCGUCGCUGACGUGGCAGCGGUGUCGGCGCUGCAGGCCGGCCCGCAGGCGGCAGCAGCGCAGCGCGUGAUUGGAUUCGACGAGGAGAUCGAACGGGCGAUACGGAGGGGCGGGGCGGACACAGGGGGGGCAACUAAAGGAACGAAAGAGCGCGCUGCGGCUGCGGCUGCUCUACCCAAGGGGCCGUACACCUUCCACGAGUUUCGCACGUGGCAGCUUCCAGGAACUGAGAUGCGCCCACCAGUGGCUGAGGCACUCGCUCUGCUGCACCGCCUGGCAGCAGACCCGGGGAUAGUGGCUGUCAUGCAAAGGCGGCGAUGGUCGGUGCGUCUGCUGAGCGAGCUGCCUCCAGAGGGCCUCGUGGGCGUGUCGCCCGUGUGCCUGCUGGGCUUCAACAAGAACCAUGGGGAGGAGGUGUGUCUGCGGCUGCGCACGGACGACCUCAGGGGCUUCCGCAAGUACCUCGCCAUCCGCCGCACUCUCGUGCACGAGCUGGCGCACAUGGAGGUGGAUGACCACAAUGCGCAGUUCAAGGCACUCGACAGCCAGCUUAGCAAGGAGGUGGAGGCGCAGGACUGGACUCGCACUGUCUCCCACUCGACUGCUGCCUCCUCCUCGUCUCUCUCUCACCUCCUCUCCGCCCCUCCUCCUCCGUCCUCUCCUUCGCACGCCACACCUGCUGCUGCUCGCACUCUGCUGUCCUCGGCACCUGCCACACCACCACCGGCGCCAGCAGCUGCAGCGGCGGCGGCAGCAGCACAGGCAAGAGCACAGGCAACAAUUGCAGCAGCACCAGCAGCAGCAGCAGCAGCAGGAACAAGAGGAGCAGUAGCGGCAACUACCGCUGCAGCGUUUGCAGCGACAACGACAACAGCAGCAUCCGUGCAAGCAAGGGCGACUUCAUCUGUGGCAGACGGCGGCGCAGGGGGCGCAAGGGAGACCAGCACAAGUGAGGCAGGGAAGGAAAGGACAGGGAGAGGAGACAGUGCUGGGCGGCAAAGUGACCGCGCACCACUGGAACAGUCACCUGCCAUGCGAGGCUGUGCCGCAGGGCAGGCAGAGAGUAUCCUCGUGCUGCCCCGUGGGCAAGGCAAUGGCAGCAGUGGCGACAGCAGGGAAUCAGGCCAGAUUGAGCUUGGGAUUAGGGAUGAGGGUAGUGAUGCUUGUGAAGGUGGGGAUACAGCAGCAUUAACAGCUGGAAGAGGGGCAGCAGAAUCAGGGGCAGCAGAAUCAGGGGCAGCAGAAUCAGGGGCAGCAGAAUCAGGGGCAGCAGAAUCAGGGGCAGCAGCGGCAACGCCAGCAGUGGCGGCAGCAGCAGCAGCAGCAGUAGCAGGGCAAGGAGGCGGUGGUGAGGAGGAGGACAUGGCAGCAGCAGCGGUGGUUGGAGAGGUGGCUCACGUGCAUGCAGCAUCGGGCGAGGCGUCACACAGGUUCAACACCCUCAUGGACGGGCUGCGGCAGGAGGUCACGGACUCACAGGAGCUCCGAGCAGCUGUCAGCACACUCUCCCUCAUUGUCAGCAACGCCAGGCAACAUCCCCACGAUUCCAAGUACCAUCGCAUUCGACCAGCCAACCCCAAGUUCCACAGUCGCGUCGGCAGGUUCUCAGCUGCUUUGGCCAUUCUUGAGGCGGCAGGGUUCCGCAGGGGCCACGAGAGGACGCCAGGGAGUGGGAGUGUGGGUGGGGGUGGGGGUGUGUAUGAGGAGGUGUUAGUCCUGCAGCGCUAUGACCCUGUGCUCUUGUGGCUUGCAGCAGGUGUGCUGGAGGCUGCUUGACACCCGCACAUUGUUGGCAGGGCGCGGAUGGCAAAGGUUGCAUGCGGCAUGGUAUGGCACACCCCACAGGGCCCAUGUCAUGACUCAUGGCACAUGGCAUACAGCAGAUGGUGCUGUGUUGUGGCAGCAGCACAGACGCUAUGUGGCAUGGCAUCUCCUCCUUGUUAGGUACAGACAGAUGCUCAGUUGAAUUCGCCGUUAGGUCCUGAUUGUAGUAGCAUGUGGUAUAGCUCUCACAAUUGAACCCUUUUCUGUUCAUGUGUAUCUAUUCAUCUUUCUCG